AUCCGGAGCGGCUGAAAGGCGGAAGUGGAGGCCGGAGCCUGGGACACCGCCGGGGGGGAAGAGGAGCGGACUCUUGUGCGAGCCCCGGCCCCAAGUAACGCUGCUGCCCCGGAGCCGCGUUGGAGGCCCCCUCCCCAUUAAGUGCCUCUUUGUAUAGUACCCGCCCCCACACUCACUGGUACCACUAUAGUGCAGCGGGCCAUGGCGGGUCGGGGAGGCACAGCGCGACCCAAUGGACCAGCGGCUGGGAACAAGAUCUGUCAGUUUAAGCUGGUACUUCUGGGGGAGUCUGCAGUAGGCAAGUCCAGCCUCGUCCUCCGUUUCGUCAAGGGCCAAUUCCACGAGUACCAGGAGAGCACAAUUGGAGCGGCCUUCCUCACACAGACUGUCUGCUUAGAUGAUACAACAGUCAAGUUUGAGAUCUGGGACACAGCUGGACAGGAGCGGUAUCACAGUCUGGCCCCCAUGUACUAUCGGGGGGCCCAAGCUGCCAUCGUGGUCUAUGACAUCACCAACACAGAUACUUUUGCACGGGCCAAGAACUGGGUGAAGGAGUUACAGAGGCAGGCCAGCCCCAACAUCGUCAUUGCACUCGCGGGUAAUAAGGCAGACUUGGCCAACAAGAGAGCUGUGGAAUUCCAGGAAGCACAAGCCUAUGCAGAUGACAACAGUUUGCUGUUCAUGGAGACUUCGGCAAAGACUGCAAUGAAUGUGAAUGAAAUUUUCAUGGCAAUAGCUAAGAAGCUUCCCAAGAAUGAGCCUCAGAAUGCAGCUGGUGCUCCAGGCCGAAACCGAGGCGUGGACCUCCAGGAGAACAACCCAGCCAGCAGGAGCCAGUGCUGCAGCAACUGAGCCCCCCCUUGCCUAUCACUGCCCCCACUCCUCCGCCUGAACGACCCGACUGGAAUCCAUUCUAACCAAUCGCACUUAACAACGACUCGGGCCACAGCUGGGGGCAGGGGAGGGGUCCAUGAUUUCUCCGCAUAACUUUGAUCCUAGACCGGAGGGAGUUAUUCCACCUGCACCUUUCUGUACAAAUACUAAUUCAAUUUUAAGUCUUAAGUCACUUUUUUAAUAUAUAUGAUCUUCUGCUCUUCCCACUUCCCCCCUUUCUACUGCUCUCCAACUCUCCUUUGCUGGUAGUACCCACCUUGUCUGUGGGACAGGGGGUUAAGCAGUUACCCCCUUGUUUCCCUCUUGUUGGAGAGCAGACUCCACAAGAGCACCCACAUCCUUACCUUGUUGGGAGUGGUCUUGGUCCAGGGCAGUGGGCAGGCCCUGGACUGGGAAGGGACAGGUAGCUCUUCCCACAACUGGCUGUCAUCAGGCUGCAGCCCCCUCCCCGCUCUACUCUAAGCUGGGAGAGAAAUGGCAGCAGUAUCGCAGCAUCAUUAUGACAGCCACAUCCCCAUUGCCCCUGACCCCUCCACCCUAGGUCACCCUGACCUCUGGCUCUGAGCCCUGUUCUGACCAAAUCACGAUGAUGAGUAUUUGGGGUGGGUGGGCAAGGGUGGGGGGAAGAGGGAAGGGAUGGAACCAACUUUUUCUGUAUUUUGUAUUGUAUGUUUUCUUCAACAUGUAACCAAUCAGUAUCUUGUCAAUAUAGUCAGCCGAUCGAUCGAUCUCA